AUGUUUAUUUUAAUCCUUUUUGGUUAUAAACAAUAUAAGGUAUUUACCAUAGAUGUGCUGGGCAGUACACUAUUAGAUUGUAUAUGGACUCAAGCCAUUAAGGAAAUAACUAAACUACUUACAACCAAAGAAGAACAACAUCAGAAAGAUUAGAAAACUGCUUAAUAAAAAAUAACCUCAAACGAGAAAAGAAUCACUGCAAUCAAUCAACAAUUACAGGAAGAGGGUUUAUUGGAGGCACCAACUGGAAAAAAAGAUGACAAAAAAGGAGCUAAGCCACCUCCUCAGAAGAAAGGCAAAGAUGCUCCUCCAAGCAAUCCUUUGGAAGCAGAAAAAUUGGAAUUGCAAAAAGAUACUGAGAAAUAAUAAGAGUAUGUCACGAAGUACACCGAUAAAUUGAACAAGAUUAAGGUGGUAUUGGAGAAAUUCAAAGAUCUGAAUGAGAAAUAUCAUAACGAUUAAUUAGUGAUUGAGUUAUGUGACAAAACUGGGGAACGUAAAUUUGUGAAGACCAAAUUAGAUGGAAUUGCAAAUACAUUUUUAAGUGAUAAAGGCACUUACAUUCUGGCUUAUUUGUAAGCUCCUGCUACACCUGAUGAGGAAGAGUAGUUAUUGGCAUUAGAAUUCGAGGGUUAUUUGGCAAGAACUGUUGAUGAGGAUAUUGGAGCAGUUGAAGAACCACUAUUAUAAUUAUAACCAAAAAAGGACGAUAAGAAGAAGAAAGGAAAGAAAUGA